UACAAGAAGGUCACCAAUCAAGUCAAGCCCAUUGCCACCACUCUACCCGAAGAGUUUCGAAUCAUGCGCAGAAAGCCAUCCGAUCCAUUCGAAGGGCUUCCGGUGCUGCCAACUCAUCUGGCGGAGUACGUACCUUGGGGCAGGUACACCCGGGAAUGGUGCGAGGCCCUGGACAUUUUGGGCAGCGAUUUCCUUUGGCCCGAGGAGGCGAAGCUGGUCGACUUCUUGAUGUGCAUUCACAACAAGACCUUUGCCUGGGACGAGUCAGAGAAGGGGCAGUUUUGGGAGGAGUACUUCGACCCAGUCAUAAUUCUGACAGUGGAACAUGUCCCGUGGGUCCUAAGGAACAUGCCGAUUCCUCCA